AUGACCUCCACACACCACGCCUACGAGAUCGCAGCAGACGACGACGAAGACGACCUCGUCGCGACCGCGGGACAGGGUCUCCUCCCCACCCAUACCGUGCCCGCUUCGUCCUCGACUGACAAGGGCAAGGGGCGCGCGACGAGUCCGCUGCUGGAAGGAAAGAUUGGGAGCGCACCCGGUGGAGGACCGAGUGUCGGGACCAGGACGCAGAGGCAGACGACGUUUGGGGGGAUCCAGACAGAGACGAGGUACACCGGAACCGACACGCUGGACGAGCCCGUCUCGGAAACCAUCAUGCGCGACCUGCGAGCCAUCGGGAACAAGAUCGUGCAAGUCCUGCAUCCGACAUCGGAGAAUGCGGUUCUGAGGGAUUGGGAUCUCUGGGGACCGCUCAUCUUCUGCCUACUACUUGCCAUCCUCCUCUCGACAAACGCUCCCGCCGAACAAUCCCUCCCCAUCUUCACCGGCGUCUUCGUCAUCGUCUGGCUUGGCUCGGUCGUCGUUACGCUGAAUGCGAAGUUGCUCGGCGGCAAAGUCUCCUUCUUCCAAUCCCUCUGCGUCCUCGGCUACUGCAUCUUCCCCCUCGACCUCGCCGCGCUCGUCUCGGUCUUUGUGCGGAUGCUCUGGGUUCGACUGCCGGUGUGUGCGGCUGCGUUUGGGUGGAGCGUAUGGGCCGCGGUCAACUUCCUCGGUGGCACCCGACUCGAGAAGGACCGCGCAGUCCUCGCCGUCUUCCCACUCUUCAUGCUCUUCUUCCUCCUCGCUUGGAUGACCAUGCUGUCAUGA